AUCAAGCCCCUAGGCAUGCAGACGGCAUUUACAAACAUUGGUGAAAGAAUGGGUCGCUCUCAGGAGCUCAGUGACUCCAAGCGUGGUCCCGUGAUAGGUGGCCACCUGGGCAAUAAGUCCAUCCGUGACAUUUCCUGGCUACUAAAUAUUCCACGCUCAACUGUUAGUGGGAUUAUAACAAAGUGGAAGCCACUGGGAACAACAGCCACUCAGCCACCAAGUGGUAGGCCACGUCACAUGACAGGGCGGGGUCAGCGCAUGCUGAAGGGCACAGUGCGCAGAAGUCGCCAACUGUCUGCAGAGUCAAUAGCUAAAGUCUUCCAGACUUGGUGUGGCCUUCAGAUGAGCCCAACAACAGUGCGUAGAGAGCUUCAUGGAAUGGGUUUCCAUGGCCGAGCAGCUGCAUCCAAGCCUUCCAUCACCAAGUGCAAUGCAAAGCAUCGGAUGCCGUGGUGUAAAGCACGCCGCCACUGGACUCUAGAGCGGUACUUGCCUGACUGCAUUGUGCCAAGUGAAGAGUUU